UAAACUGUCACCUGUGCAGCCAUGAUGACGUCCAUCACGCAGAGUCAAGCCAGCAAGCUCCUGCACAACAAGUUUGUGGUGAUUCUCGGUGACUCAGUGCAGCGCACCAUAUACAAAGACCUGGUGCUGCUGCUUCAGAGGGAUCAGUACUUGACUCUGUCUCAGCUGAAAACCAAGGGGGAGAUCUCCUUCGAGCAGGACUUCCUGAUCGAGGGGGGUCGACUGGGUUUCAUGAACAAUGGCACCAACUACAAAGAGGUGCGACAGUACCGCUCAGGCCACCACCUGCUGCGGUUCUACUUCCUGACGCGAGUCUUCUCCUCGUACGUGAAGAGCAUCCUGGAGGACUUCAGACGAGGAAUGAAACCUGACGUCAUCAUCGUCAGCUCAUGUAUCUGGGACAUCUCCAGGUACGGCCCUAUGAGUCUCGGAUACUACAAAAGGAAGCUCCACCAGUUCUUCAGUCAGAUUACAAGCAUCGUUCCUCUCGACUGUCUCAUCCUGUGGAACACGGCCAUGCCACUUGGCGAGAAAAUCAAGGGAGGAUUCCUGGUGCCUGGAGUGAGCCGCCUUGGCCCCUUUCUGCGUCACAAUGUCACUGAAGCAAACUUCUUCAGCUGCAUGGCCGCGAAAGAAUACGACCUGGACGUCCUCGACCUGCACUUCCACUUCCGCCACAGCCUGCAGCACCGCAUGCCGGACGGCGUCCACUGGGACGCGCUGGCCCAUCGACACAUCAGCAGCCUGCUGCUGCAUCACAUCGCUGACGCCUGGGGAUUCGACCUACCCGAGCUGCCACAGCAAAACUCACGCAAACUCACAGCGAAGACAUGUUUUGGACGGACACACGCUCACCUGCCUGCACGCAAAGACAACGCGCCUGAGCGAGAGAAAGCGAGCUGA